AUGUCCUAUGAUCGUUAUGUAGCCAUCUGUAAACCCCUUCAUUAUAUGACUAUCAUGAAUCCCAUGGUCUGCAAAAAGCUUCUCUGUGGCUGUUGGAUAAUUACAAUAUUGAUCAUAAUGCCACCAUUUAGCUAUCUACUGACAAUGGAAUUCUGUGACUCUAAAAUCGACUAUGUUAUCUGUGAUGCUAAUCCUCUCCUGAAGAUCUCAUGUUUUGAUACAGAAGUAAUAGAGAAGAUGGUUCUUUUCUGUUCUUCAUUUAUUCUACUAGUGACUCUCACAUUUGUGGUUUGGUCCUAUGGAAGCAUCAUUCGCACGAUACUUAGGUUCCCCUCUGCUCAGCAAAAGAUAAAGGCAUUUUCUACGUGUUCUUCCCACUUGAUUGUGGUUUCCAUCACUUACGGCAGCUGUAUCUUCAUCUAUAUCAAACCUUCUGCAAAAGAUGAAAUGGCUACUAAUAAGGUUGCAUCAGUAUUCAUUACUUCCAUCUCGCCCAUGUUAAACCCAUUUAUUUAUACUUUGAGAAACAAACAAGUGAAAAAUGCCUUUAAGGACUUUCUAAAACCACUACUGUCCUUGAGGCCACAAAUAUUUCACAGGGGUUAA